CGUCCGUUGGUGGGAGACGUCGAAACGCUCGCGCCUCUCGUCGGCGGGCGCGUCGGGCUGUGCGUCGUCGAGCGGGCUUCCGUGGACCGUCCGUCCCCGCAGCAGUUGUAGUAGUAGUAGUCGGCUCACAUCCGCGGUCCGGACGCGCACGAUGCGAUCGAAACCUUGUAUAUAACGUCGGGCGCGCUGUCACCCCGUGGUAAACGAAUCGAAUAAAAACUGAUCGAAAUAAGCACGUCGCAAAUUCGACAUAUAGACGAGACGAUAUAUAAUUUUAAAUAUUUGCAUAAUUUCAAAUCGAAACGCGAAACUUAAAUCGACCCGAUCGGUAUAAAAAAAUAUCAUAAUAUCGCGUUUAAAAAACUGUCGCGAAUUUUCCCGCCGCCGCCGUAGCCGAGAUAUGCGCUUGGUGCGGAUGACGUCGGACCACAGCAAGAAGAGGCGCCGAGGCCCGUCGUCGGCGGAUCAGCACGGCGCGGCCACAGCCUCGUCGUCGUCGUCGUCGUGCUCUCCUCCGUCCGAGGACCUGUGGUGGACCGAGGCAGCUGUCAACGAGGUGACCGCCGAGCACCCGGGCGAGCUGGUCCGCACCGGGUGUCCGUACAUGCUGUGCAGUGCCCUGCCCACGCAUUGGCGGUCCAACAAGACGCUGCCCGGCGCGUUCAAGGUGGUCAUACUGUCCGAGGUGCCGGACGGCACGGCCGUCACGCUCAAAGCCGGCAACGACGAGAACUGUUCAGCAGAGCUGCGCAACUGUUCCGCCCUUGUCAAAAACCAAAUCGCCAAGUUCAACGACUUGAGGUUCGUCGGGCGCAGCGGAAGAGGGAAAAGUUUCACCAUCACAAUUACGGUUUCGACGUGUCCACCACAAGUAGCAACGUAUAAUAAAGCAAUCAAAGUUACUGUGGACGGACCUCGGGAGCCACGAUCAAAAUCUCUACACCAAGGCCCCCCUCAUCAAUUCCGUGGAUUGGGCCUCGGUCAGAGGCCCUUUAUGGAGAAUGCAUCAUUUUCCAAUCAUUUGCGGGAGUUGGAUACAUAUCGUCGAGUGAAGACCGAAGAAUCACCCGUCCUCGAACAGUCGUAUCGGUCAACAAACAACCAAGAUGAACAUUCAGAUAUACCUGUUGGCGUAACUGAGUCGAGCAACUGGUGCAGCUAUUCGACGUCGUCGUAUUCGCCAAGUGCCGCUCCACUCGGAGGAGCUGCAUAUGUCGCGUAUCCGGACGCCACAGGACCUGCCGCCACCAUGGCAAUGGAAGCUCCCUCAACCAUGUACGGAGGUGGUCAUCAGGAAGUCCAGCACAACAAUCACAUGACAGACUUUUGCGGCACGCACCAACAACACCAACACCACCACCCACAACAACAACACGAGCACCAUCAACAACAACAACACCAACAGGACCUCUUAAAACCGGUGCUCCAUCAUCAGGAUUCAGUGGAAGCAGGCGUUGGCGGCGGUGGAGGCUAUUACCCGUCGUCUUGGCCGACCGCGGAACACCACCACCACCAUCAUCCGUCGUCGUACCAUCAUCACCAUCACCAUCCGGCCGCGGUCGCGUAUCAGUACAACGCAGCAGUGGUCCCACCGCCACCGCCGCCGCCUCCGCCGCAUCACCCGGUGCAGAUGACCGCCGAACCGCCGCCCGUGCCGCCGCCCACCACGAUGGUGCUGUACCCGCACCUGUACUCGACGGUGAACCAGAACCAGAUACACCUGCACCUGCACGCGCCGUCGUCCGCGGCCGAACACCAAUUGCAGCAGUUGCACAUCAACAACAACAACAACAACAACAGCAUCAAGGACCCGGCCGCGGCCGACCACCAUCACCACCAGUACGUCGUGGACGACGUGGCUGCGCUGGCGGCUGUAGCGGCCGCCGGUAAUCCGGCUGCGCAGUUGGCAAUCAGCGCGGCCGGCAACGUAGGACCGAACGCGCGUGGCAUCGAAAUCGGCCUGUUACCGCCACCGCCCGCCGUAUCGCUCGACGAACACCACCAAGCGAGCGACAUCAUAACCAUCGGUGGCCGGUACAGCGACCGACAGCAACAGCAGCAACAGCACACCGACUUGGCCGUCUGGAGGCCCUACUGAUCGGCUGCGUCGCCGCUUAUUUUCAUUGCUUCUAUGACCAGACGAUUAUUAUAUAAUAUUAUGUACAAAUCAGAUGCUAUACGAUAGAUCUAAAGCGGCGCAGGUCCUAUGUAAUUAUAAUGUUAUUUUAUAAUACGAUGUUGACUUUACGACUGUGUAUAUUUUCAUACCGAUUUACAGUGGUCAAUUUGGUGGCGCUGAACCUAUUAAUAUUAUCAUUAUCAUUAUUAUUAUUUUUAUAACUAUUUUUAUCAUUUUACUGUCAACGGUGUAUUGGUUAGCGAGUGGAUAACCCGCGCAGAACGACAUUUUAUUUUGUACGAUUAUAUGAUGUAAUGCGACUUUUCCGAAGACGUCUUUUGGCCCUUAAGUGAGAUCAUUUUAAACAUUAUCUAAAAAAAACAUUAAAUUGCUCUGAAUUUUACAAUUUUUUAUGAAGGUUUUUAGACAUUUUUUGUACAUUUUAAAUUGUAUAAUCAUAUAGCUAAAUAGCUUUUACUUAAUCAUGACAAAUCGUAUUGUAAUAAACUAUUUCAGAAUAACUAUGAAGAAAUUUUUUUAUACUUGGCUCCUAGUGAAAAAAUUGUUACGCUGGCCUGUAAUUGAUAAUUUAAAAAAAAAUUAAUGUCAUCGGGAAGAAUGAUGAAUUUAGAGCUGUAAUUGUUUUAAAACGAUGACCACUCUGAAAUUUGUCGUCAUUUUAAUCCCAGACUUUUAAGUUGACUCUUUGUUAUCAUUUACCGGCUUAACCGUCGUUUUGACUAAAGAGAUUUAAUUUUUGUCGCAAAAAUUCAAAAUAAAAUGAUUUGUGAAAUCAAUAUCAUUAAACUCUAAACCCCAAGCGAGGUAUAGGAAAAUCCUUCGUAGACGUCUUCUUCCACUACAGAGCGUCGUAAAUCCCUUCAGCCACAACCUGCUGCGUGUAUCAUAAUAUAUUUACAAAACAUAAUUAAUACUAUUGUACGCUCAACAAACAUUACAAAUCAAUGCACCAUUAAUUGAUUAUAAUAUCGUAUUAUAUUAUGUAUUACUUGAUCGAGCGAGCGAUCGUUGAAACGGUUUGGAAAUCCGUUCGCCUUUUUCGUUCUUCCGCAUUAGCGCGCGCCAAACUAUUCCUCUGCGCACGCAUUCCGACGUAUCUCAUCGUUUUCUUUUCCUUAUAAUAUAAUGUUGUAUUGUAUAACCGUAUAGGUACUUACUAUUAAUUAUAAUAUACGUUUUGUACGCACCCGUUGUCCCGUGAGUGUGUGUACUAUUAACUUAGAAAAUCAAAAUUAUCAUACUUCUUUAUAUUACUUAUGUAUAAUUAUUAUUUUAUGAUAUAUUAUUGUAAUUUGUUGAUUUAUUUAUAUAUUAUUGUAUUAUUAAAUUUACUACUUGUGAUACGUA